AAUUUGGCAGCAUUUAAAAGUGAACGUGUAGUGAAUGUAUUAAAAAAAAAUAUGGACGUUUACGAAACCCUUAAUAAUGUUCCAACUCAGUUGAUCGCAUGGGGUGAUCCAUUCGCCAACAAUAGUGACUCUGAUGUUAUUGUGAUCAUACCCGGCUGUCCAGGGAUACCAGAAUUUUAUAGGGAAUUCGGUGCUGAAUUAUACGAGAACACAAAGCUGUCAGUCUGCAUUGUGGGUCAUGCAGGUCACGGCUUACCUUCAAAACAAUUAAUGUAUAUGGAGAACAAAAAGCACUUGUUCAACGUGAGAGGACAACUCUGUCAUAAGCUUGAUCUCUUGACCAAUUUCAUAAGUCAUAGACGAAAAUUACAUUUAAUAGGACACUCGAGUGGCUCCUGGUUACUGGUCGAAUUACUGGACAGAAACAAACAACUGACAAAACGGACUGUAUCCGUGAAUCUGCUGUUCCCAACACUACAAAAGAUCGCAGAGACACGUAAUGGAAAAUUAGUGAGCGUUAUUAGAAAAUUUCAUCAUUUAACAUUACUAUUGUUGCAGCUGAUACAAAUGCUACCUAAAACUAUAAGCCAUGCUUUAGUCAGACUAUAUUUAAUAAUCAAUUCACUUCCCUUGCGUUUCGUAGAUAGAAUAUUGUACAUGUACCUCAAUCCUGACAUUGAAAAAUAUUCGUUGGUAUUAGCUUACGAAAUCAUAGACUCGUCGAGUGAGUUAAAUAGGACUGCUAUUGAUAAGAUCAAACAUUUGACAAAUGUUGUUUACAGUGAAAAAGAUAAUUGGACUCCAGCCAGUCACAUUGAAGAUCUGAAAGCGUUUGAACCACAUAUAAGCGUGAAGAACAUCGAUGUGGAUCACGCGUUCGUUUUGAAAUCUACAAAGAUCGUGGCGCAAAAUGUAACAGAAUUCAUUAAAUCAAGAUUAACGUAUCAAAGCGUUCUAUGAUUAUUAUUAUAUUACUCUAAAAUCCCUAAUUUAGAUAGUACGUGUUAUAAAUGAGUCGUCUAUUAUCAAAGGUGGCAAUCUGUGCAUUUGGACAAAAAAAUGUUAUUGAUAUGUCAAUACAGAUUGAUUUGAAUAUAAUCGUCUCCUUCAAAGAAUACGGUUCAAAACCUGCAUUAAAUAAAGGUUAAUAGUUAACCUGUUAUUUAUCUAAGAUGUCGUUCCGAAGAGUUUUGUGACUGCCCAUGGAAUACAAAGUCAAUAAUUCGUUUUUCUGAUUUACCAAUAAUUGUCCAAAAGUCACAUUGCCGGCUUUGAUAAUAGUCGACUCAAAUAUUCAGUUGACGACAACCGCAAAGAUUUGUCCAAUAAUUUAUGAGCACAUAAAGAGAAAUAUACAGCUCUUGAACACAAUAAA